AUGUCCCCACAGCCUGGAGAUGAUGUUUCUUCGCCAGAUUCCGUACGCCCCAGCGGUAUCGCCAGCGUCUUCCGUGGCCUGACCGGUUCAAAGUCGACAAAAUCCCCGCCGCCGCUUGCUUCGUCUGUGGCGGCGCUUCCAAGAACCGACUUCAGUAAUGCCACGCCAAUGAGCUCUCGCGGCCUGUCUGCGAACCAUAUGGAUGCUUUUGAGCUCUUGAAGAAUGGCAGCCAAGCCGAACGUAUAUCAGCUGCCAACACCCUCAAAUUCGCCAUUACAGAAUAUCCUCUUAACCCCGUUCUUGAAAUAUGGUACGCUGCCAAGGACCUUAUCGACGCAGGCAAGCCGAGCGCAAUGCGACAGGCCGGCUGGGAGCUGUUGACGGAAUGUGUCAAGCAUUCAUCUUCGACGGAUUUGGAGCGAAAGGAGUAUUUUCAGACAAUCAUUGCUCCGGCCAGCCCCGACGACUUUCAUUUACAGCUUGCCGCGCUGGUGGACCUCACCAAUCGUGGCCGCAUACUGGCCGGGUUUGAUUAUGAGCUGCUUCCUCUACUCACAAAGUGGCUUCGAGAAGCAUAUAAUGCCGCCCGUGCAGCUCGCAAGGCCUCCCAGGCAUCUCGCGGGCAGAGAAGCUCCAAAAAUAAGGCGGCGGCGUCUGGAGAAGACCAAAACUUUACGCAGCUCUUUGCAUUCAUCAUGGACGUCAUCAAGUUCAACUUCAAUACCGCCGAUCAAAAUUCGAUAACAGGUCUAAUCGACCGUUUACUCGACAUUUGCAUGAGUACGAGUGUUGAAGAAGACCUGCGUUCUUGCAUAUCCGCUGUUGAUGCCAUUGUUACCUUUGGCUCCGUCCCCGUCAGCAGACUGAAGAACACGAUACAGGUUCUCAGCUCCAUCUUCUGUCUCGUCCCAAACCUCAACAAAGAGUCUUGGCACACACUGGCAAACCUUUGCAAAUCACACAAUGGCCAGGCGUCAGUUCGUAUCCUGCUCGAUAUUCUUCGAAAUCCAUCGCUGGAUGAGGUCAGCAGCAAGGAUAUGGGUCGCGAUAUUAGGGGCGCUCUUGCUGUAUUACGGAAGCUACUCUCCAAGACGGCUGAAAAGGGCUAUCCAACUGUUCCUUAUGCUCUGUUAGUGGACGGCUUGUCUAAUAUCCUCAAGAUUUCUUCCUCAUCAAGAACAAAUUACGCCAUUCUUCAACUCAUCAACUCUCUAUUCGACGAUGGACUCGGGCAGUUACACCGUUUGGUCAUUGAAGAGGAUUGGACGGUUCCAUUAGAGACGGCAGCAGAGUGCUAUCGCAAGAUCCAGGGAAUUCCUGAUAUGGCGGUUGAUGGCCGGGUCAGGGAUACGUCUAUGGAUGAUGCCAUCACCCAAGAGCUCCUGCUGCUUAUUGCUCGGCUAGACCUAGUGGUAACACAAAAGUCGGGUGAUUUUGUCCCUAGACAAACAGUCAUUAAGUUCUUCACCGAUGUGCAUCGGCUUCUUCCCGAUAACACUGCUCGUACCGUGCUCGACUACUUCCAAGAGUUUCGGUGUUGCUCCCCUUCAGACCUUCGGUGGGAAGAAAAUUUGAAACUCGUGCUCGAAGGAUUUUUCAAUGACCGAAGCCGCUCCUCGGAGACUCGGCUACGUGCUCUUCAGACCAUGAUGGAUGCUUAUGAGAUCGUUGACUUGGUGGGCGAUGGAGACGAGCAAGACUUCAUUCCUCGCCUUGCCAAGGCCAUCCUCCAGGAUGUGAUCGAGGAAGUGGACGUCGUAGUCUUGGAUGCCAUCAUCUCGUUAAUGACCUCGGUGGUCAUUUCGUGUGAUAUAGACCUCUUUGACUUUAUUAUCAACGCGUUGCGUGUAAUCGUCAUCAGCGACCGACUGAAAUCGCCCAUUGCAUCGCUUACAUCUCCCAUAGUGCUGCCAACCUCACAGGCCAAUGUUGAGCACACAGAAUCACCAGUAGAACAGUCUCCUUCAAACGUUGUCACACGGGGAUACGUCAGAAUGUUUAUACGGCUUAUGAAUUUCCACAACGACAAAAGCGUGAAGCUCUUCAAUGUGCUCGUCAGCAUCGCAGGCCUAGAGCAUUGCGAGGUAGAUGCUCGGCUGACUGCCAUGAAAUUGCUCUUCAGACUGCGUGCGGACUGGGCGGAUCGAAUCUUCAUUACCAACAACCUGGAAGCCAUGUCUACCGCCACGACCCUUUACCGCACUGAAAGCUCGCUGGCGAAAAAGCAAGCCGACGAAGCAGCAAAUACGGCUCGUCUCUCAAGAAUUGACUUCGGGAUGCAGUCUCGCUCAACAACACGCGGGACAUCUAUUGGCCAAGGCCGAACCGGGCAACGACAAUGCGCUUUGUGGAAAUAUCCUGACACAAACGCACUGCCGGAGGCUGUACCUUCCAUGAUUAGUCCUGUUCUCCGAUCUCACGUUCAGGCUGAGGCUGCAGUGGAAAGCGAAGAGCCUGCAGCUGAGAGACCAGAGUAUCAGCCUUGCGCUCUCCAACUAUCUACUUGGUUAGACACGGUAGUGCAUAUGCUCCAGGGAUGCGAUUGGGAGAUAUACAGCUUUGUCUUGGUGCAUCUACCAUCGCAACUGAGCAACCAUGCAAUCUUUAGGGAUGCGAUAGACCAAAUCAAGGCACUACGUAAGAUGAUCUGUGAACAGAUUCGGUUGAACAGUUUUCAAGAGCCUCCCAACGCCCUGGGCCUUCGCCGAGCCGACAUAGCGAUCUGUCUUUACCACAGCCUAACUAUGAUCUUGAGCUACCACGAGCACUUUACAAAGCCCGACGAGGAUGAAAUCGUAAAAAUGUUUGUCCACGGGAUAUCCACUUGGGAAAGAAGCGCCAAAUGUUGCAUCCACGCCUUGUCGAUAUGUUGCCAUGAGCUACCUCUAUCAACAAGCAGAUCGCUGAUUCAGAUGCUUAACCAGAUGGCCGCCAUCAUCACACAGCCGUUUGUUUCUGUUCAUAUUCUGGAAUUUCUUGCCUGCCUUAGUCGAUUGCAUAAUGUUUACAUCAACUUCCGGGAAGAUGAGUUCAGGAUUGUCUUCGCAAUCUGCUUCCGAUACUUGGAAUACGCCAAAGACAAGAGGCAGGUCCAACGAAAUACCCAUAUAAGUGAGCUAUCAUCACCAGCAUCCAUCACGGUAUCGGAGGUUUCGCAGCCCGCUCCGUCGGACGAUCUUCCGCAAUACGUUCAUGCCCUGGCCUACCAUGUUAUCCUGUUUUGGUUUUUGGCGCUCAAGUUGCCCGAUCGUGCGAAUCAUGUCGGCUGGAUCGUCAAGAAGCUGUUUGCCGAUACUGACGGACCCGUGCACGGCACAGAUGAACAUGCCAUUACAUCCAUUGACUUUAUGCAGAGGGUCACUUAUGCCGAUGUCGAUGAAUCAGCUGAAGAUCCUUACUUUACCGAAGAGCGUUUUGGUGACAUUGCAAUAAAGCGAUGGUUGGUUGGGAACAGUAUCGUCACUGUCAAGCAAGCCACGGUGUCCGGGUGGGCUCAGAUAAUCAAAAGACAGCCAUCUGGCACCUCGGCAUACACGGUUCGCGAAUCUUAUAGGCCUCCUCCUCCUCACCAGAUAGAGAAUCACGUCGACAUCACCAGAGAGGGCCAGCCCACGUCCAACUUGAUCUUGCCCAGUCAUUUACUGGUGCAGCUCAUGUCCCCAAUUCCGCAGACGCAUGACUCUGCACGGCCCAUUCCCUUGCCAGACGAUGAGGUAACUGGCCGAACCAUCAGAGUCUUUGAUCGCCUUUCCAGUCUCGAUGGGCACAAGGUCGGUGUCAUUUAUAUUGGCGAAGGCCAAACUGAAGAGGCAGAAAUAUUGGCAAACGUAUCGGGGAGCGGCGAUUACAUUCAAUUUCUGAACAACCUCGGAACCUUGACCAAGCUCAAGGGCGCAAACUUCAAUACGCAGGGCUUGGAUCGGGAACACGACACCGACGGACAGUAUACGUUUUGCUGGAGGGACAGGGUGACGGAGAUUGUCUUUCACGUCACAACACAAAUGCCGACAGAUCUCGAACGAGAUCCGCACUGCGUGGCGAAGAAACGGCACAUUGGCAAUGACUUUGUCAACAUCAUCUUCAACGACUCCGGUCUUCCGUUCAAGUUUGAUACUUUCCCGAGUCAGUUUAACUGUGUUAAUAUAGUAAUCACACCAGCAUCUCCUGCCUCGUUUCUGGCCACCAGGGAGACGGAUUCAGAGCAGGCCCACAAGAUGAAGUUUUACACGGUGCAAGUGAUGAGCAAACCGGGAUUCCCUGCCAUCUCACCUGCGUCCGACACCAAGAUGGUCUCGUUAAAAGCUCUGCCUGCCUUCAUCCGGCUCCUUGCCCUCAAUGCAUCUGUGUUUGCUCACGUCUGGCAUAACCGCGAGGGCGGCGAGCACAUCAGUGCGUGGAGCGGUCGCCUUCGGGAAAUUAAGAGGUUGCGAGAGAGACACGGGCCGAAGUCGGGCUCUGUAUCAUCGGCUUCGCCGCCAACGCUUCUCCCCGGCUCCAUGCCAAUCCAGCCAGCGCCACUGCAGCCAUAUCAAGACUCGGGCCAACAAGGCGGCAGCAGCGUAAGGGACAGUUUCAACAGCUUGCGCAGGACGAGCGUAGCUACUUUUUUCACCAACACCAGCGAGCAGACGUCUCAUCGAUCAUCAAUACUGUCUACAACUGCGACAAACGAUACCGAGGUUGGCACCGUGAACGGGCUAGACUCUCUCGUCGAAUCAGUGGAUUUUUCGAAAUGGGGAUGA